AUGGGAAAACUGCUGAGAAGCAACGAAGAAUUCGAUCAGUUCAUCAAUACCACUAACUAUUGCUUGGUCUAUUUCAAAGCAAAAUGGUUGGAAAUGUGUGAGCAUCUGGAUAAUCUGAUGCUAGAGCUGAAAGAUGAAUUAGGAUGCUUUGACUUUGCUGCUGUUGAAGCCGAAGAGCUGGCUGAACUUUCGUCUGCCUACAAAGUCGAUGCAGCACCGACUGUCAUCAUUUUCAAAGCAGGAAAGGAAAUUGACCGAGUGCGAGGCUUUGAUCCGGGAGAUUUAAAAAUGAAAAUCAUAGAGCACAAUUUUGUUGAAGGCGUUGCUAACAUGACAAGAAGAUCAGUUAAUGACGUAAGAUGUUCAUCUUACUAUCAGAAUUUUAAAGUUGUGAGUCAUUUUUCAUUUCAGAAUCUGGAUGGGAGACUUAACUACAAUCGCUUUUUUCAGAAUAUAGAUGAAAGGCUUAAAUCACUUAUCAACCAAGCACCUCUCAUGCUUUUUAUGAAAGGGACGCCAGAUAGCCCAAAAUGUGGAUUUAGUAAGCAAAUUGUUAUUCUUUUGCGUGGAAUUAAUGCUGACUUUUCUACUUUUGAUGUAUUGAAAGAUGAGGAGGUGAGACAGAAAUUGAAACGGUACAGUAAUUGGCCCUCAUAUCCACAGCUAUAUUUAAAUGGAGAACUUAUUGGUGGCCUAGAUAUUGUCAAAGAAGAGUUGAAAAAUCCACUUUUUCGGAACAGGUUGCCGAAAAUGCAGGCAAGUUUGAAGACUAAAUCUAUCUCUAAAAUUUUGAUAAAUAUUUUUCAAAGUUCGAGUAACCGAUUGAAGGAAUUGAUUACUCAGGCACCUUUAAUGCUUUUCAUGAAAGGAAGACCUGAAGCAUCUCAGUGUCAGGUUAGCAAAUCAAUCAUUGAGUUGUUGUCUUCGAUCAAUGCUGAUUAUUCAACUUUCGACAUUUUAGAAGAUGAAAAAAUCGAACAGGAAUUGAAAGAAUAUAGCAAACUGCCAACAUAUCCGCAGCUUUAUUUGUAUGGUGAACUGGUUGGAGGUUCGGAUGUGUUGGAAGAAGAAUUGAAAGAUCCAAAUUUUUUGGAUAAACUACCAAAAAAACGUUCGAAUGAGUAA